AUGAUAUGUUUGGUAUAUGACGGCUAUGGAGCUUCCACAACCACCCUCGUGUUCAUCACUUGCAUUUGGGUCCCGUUUCUUCAAGCCAAACAUGUAUUUUUUGAAAUCUUAUCGACCCUGAUGAUGAUCUUUCCCCAACAUGAUCAUUAUCAUCAGCUUCAUGAUGAUAAUGAUCAUCAUCAUCAUGAUGAUCAUCAUCAUGGAAACCUUUGGAAGAUCAUUUCAAAUGCCUACAAUCUUUCAACUCUUCAAUUUCGUGAUAUUGCUAUCGAAGACAGUGGAACCACUAGAAGAGAGGUGGACGACACCUGCUCCAUUUGCUUGGCUGAGUUCAAGGACGAGGAUGCAGUGAGUCAACUCAACCGUUGUUGUCAUGUGUUCCAUACAUGUUGCAUAGAGAGAUGGUUAACUCGUGACAACUUCACAUGCCCACUUUGUAGAUCUAACUUGUUGCAUUUAGGAUGA